AUCUGUGAAUGAAGAGAAGAUCCACAACUCAGUCUUUCAAACCGUGCAGCAUUUCAUGUAAGGAUUGUGGACUAAAGUUUACACACUGGGACGUCUACAAGACUCACCUGCACCAGCAUGCCCUGGAAGAGGAGGGGGAAGAAGCUCAGACGGGAGACGACCUGAAUCCCGCAGCAAAACUGGAUUCUGAGAGAACGGACGAUGGAGAAAACGGAGGUGAAGACACGGAUGGUGAUGCAGACGGGUGCGACAUGGGCACUUCAUUGCAAACCCAAACCUCAGGCUUAACACAAGGUGUUGAAGUUGCCCCAGCUUCAAGGAAAAAGAAACCUAGGAAGGGUUAUGCUUGCUUGGACUGUGGGAAGCUUUAUACAUACCUGGUUUCAUUCACAAAACACCAACAGCUGCAUGAAAACCAACAAUCAUCUAAAACGACAAGUCAGAAUUUGCGUGAAUAUCAGUGUCCAGACUGUGGGAUGUCAUUUAUCAGGCGAGCGCGGCUGCUCGGUCACCUGAGAGUUCACAGGUCACUUCAAUCAAAACCUCCCAGAUGUGAUCAGUGUAACAAAAACUUUAGUUCUAUAAAGUCAUGGCUGUCUCACGUCGAUCUCCAUAAACAGAAACCAUUUUGGUGUUUAAGUUGUGCCAAAGGCUAUAAAGAUGAAGCGUCACUAGAUAAACACCUGCACACUCACAAUCUCACAAGAACACAUACAUGCAAUAUUUGCCACAAGAGCUUUUACUUGUCUAGACACCUCAGGAACCACCACAACACCCACACUGGAGCAAGACCUUACCAGUGCACAUUGUGCGGGAAGAGCUUUUCCCAUCCUGGAAAUCUGUUUGCACACCGCAGUAGGCAUUUUAGAAAAUAUGCUGGGUCCCGUGGGAUUCCUCUGGGGAUCAAGAAUUCUGCGAUUAUUGCAAAGAAGCGAGUGAUUCAAAAAAAGAGACUUCUUCUCGCUAGUGUUAAAGAGGAGACAAACAUGGAUACAAACAUGCAAGAGCUGCCAGGAAAGGAAAAAUGCGUGGGGAAAAAUUAUACCCUCGAGCCAUGGAAUGAUGCUGGGUCUGGGGAUCGCGCAAACUCUGAAGAGUCUGAUUGCGGAGAGCCUUUGGAUCAUUUCAAGCUUUCCAAAUCACCCGGCUGGACUGGAUCUUAUCCCCUGGCUGAGUUGAAAUCCGAAAGCAGACGAGGACAGAAGCUAGAUGAGAGGGAGUCAAAGGAAACAAACCUGUACAGAGAGCAUAAGUAUUGGGAAUGGGAGUGUAUUGAAUGUGAUAUGGGCUUUGAUGAAGUAGCAAAGCUGCAUUUGCAUUACAUAAAACAUGCUACUGGGGAGCUGCCGAUACCACAGGAUGAUUCUGAGGGUUGAAGGCUUACAGAAUUAUCUCAUACUGGUGCCUUUGUUGACCUUAGCCUUACUUUUUUUUUAUUUUCUUUUAUACAUUUCCUACUGUUAAAGAUGCAAGGUUAGGGUUAAGAAACAAAGGGUUAACAUGUGUUGUUGAUGACUUUCUUAUUAGUAUAAGAGGAGAAUAAUAACGAGUAUCUACAAUCUAGGCCUCAACAGUUCAUGCCUGAUGCUAGGAGAUUAUACUACAGGUUUUUAAUGUAUAUUCGGUGCUGCAAAACCAUUGUAAUGAACCAAAGGGAAAGAAACUGAAUUGAAAAUGUAAAACUGAAGUAAAGCUACCACCCUCUACUUGUAAAACCAAAUAAAAUGAAAUGCAUUCCAAAUGUU